GACCAGGGUGAGAAGAAGGAGAACCCCAUGAGAGAGCUCCGCAUCCGCAAGCUCUGCCUGAACAUCUGUGUGGGCGAGAGCGGAGACAGGCUGACCCGAGCCGCCAAAGUUCUGGAGCAGCUAACAGGACAGACCCCAGUCUUCUCCAAGGCUCGCUACACCGUGAGAUCCUUUGGUAUUCGCAGAAAUGAAAAGAUUGCUGUUCACUGCACCGUGCGUGGAGCCAAGGCRGAGGAGAUCCUGGAGAAGGGACUGAAGGUUCGAGAGUACGAGCUGAGGAAGARCAACUUCUCCGACACGGGAAACUUCGGCUUCGGCAUCCAGGAGCACAUC